GCUCUGUUGCCCGGGCUGGAGUGUCGUGGCAUGUUCUUGGCUCACUACAACCUCUGUCUCCUGUGUUUAAGUGAUUCUCGUAUCUCAGCUUCCCUAGUAGCUGGGAUUACAGGCGCCUGCCACCAGUCCUGGCUAAUUUUUUUGCAUUUUUAGGGGAGACAGGGUUUCACCAUGUUGGCCAGGCUGGUCUUGAACUCCUGACCUCAAGUGAUCCACCCACCUCGAACUCCCAAUGUGCUAGGGAUUUCAGGUGUGAGCCGCUGCACCUGGCCCUUGUGGAUACUUUCUAGGUGAUUUGAGGAGGAAAGGCACAGCCAUGUCUCCCAAAGUUAACAAGCACUAAGCUUUCCCAAGUAGUGAAAUGUCAAGCCCCUGCUUCUGUCACUUAUUUGUUCAUUCAGCAGAAAGUCACUGAGAGCCUUCUGUGCACCAGGCACAGUGCUGGGCAGUGAAAGAGACAGACAUGUGCCCUGGAUCCAGGGAGGAGAUGACCAAGUGAUGGCUGUCAGGCCCAGACCUUGCUGUUUGUCUGCAGCCUCUUCCCUCAGGCAACUUGUUCUCUAUCAGGAGAAAUGAAAUAAUUAUUAUCUGGAGAGGCAGGUGGGGGCGCUGCUCCUAGAAGACAAGGACAGCCUGGUAGAGGUUCUAGCUUGAUCAUGUGAGCAGUGGAAACCGUUUUAAGUUGGAGGUUAACAGGACCAAAAUAGCAUUUAAAAAAUUGCUUAUGGCCACUGUGAAGCCAGUUUCACCAGCAUCACUUGCCCAUGCUGGGCUGCCACCCAGCUAAUUCCUGGUCCUGCUCAUUUAGCCCAGCUCAGCUCACAUCACUUCCUCCAGAAACUAGACAAGGGUAGAGCCCCUGACCAUCUUCACAGCAUUAGUCCUGAUAGCUGAAUCUUACGUCAGUUGUUAACAUCUGUGACCUGUGCAGGGAGAAUGGCAGGGCUGAGUUUCACCUACAUUGUUUCCCCAAUACCUACAGCAGAGCCAAGCACAGUGGGAACUUUCAGAAAGCACUGGUUGAAGGAACGCUGGAAUCCCUGGGACUUACUGCGUAGCAUGUAGUAGUUGCUCCUCUAGAAAAGUUUCACCUUAUGAAGUAUAGCAGGGAAAAUACAAGCCUGGACCACUUCCCGUGUGGUAUGCAGGGAACGGUUGAUGGGGCAAAGGGCCUUGGGCUAUAUACCCCUAGGAAUUUCAGGGAUCCUGAUGAUGGCUCUGGGAUCCUCCGUCUCCUGGAUCCUGCAUUUUUCUCUGCAGGCUCUGAUGUUGGUGUCUGGUAGAAGAAGGUUACUCACAGCUCUGCUGCAGGCUCAGAAGUGGCCCUUUCAACCCUCCAGAGACAUGAGACUAGUGCAGUUCUGGGCACCCCACCUGGUGGGGCCUCACUUGGGCCUGGAGACAGGGAAUGGUGGAGGGAUUAUCAACCUCAAUGCCUUUGACCCCACACUCCCAAAGACGAUGACGCAGUUCCUAGAGCAGGGAGAGGCCACCCUCUCAGUGGCAAGAAGAGCCUUGGCUGCCCAGUUGCCAGUCCUACCACGGUUGGAGGUAACCUUCCUGGCUCCAGUCACACGGCCAGAUAAGGUGGUGUGUGUGGGCAUGAAUUAUGUGGACCACUGCAAAGAACAGAACGUGCCUGUGCCCAAGGAGCCCAUCAUCUUCAGCAAGUUUGCCAGCUCCAUCGUGGGGCCCUAUGAUGAGGUGGUCCUCCCACCACAGAGCCAGGAGGUAGAUUGGGAAGUGGAGCUGGCCGUGGUCAUUGGAAAGAAAGGCAAGCACAUCAAGGCCACAGAUGCCAUGGCCCACAUGGCCGGCUUCACUGUGGCUCAUGAUGUGAGUGCUCGUGACUGCCUAACAAGACGCAAUGGGAAACAGUGGCUGCUGGGAAAAACCUUCGACACCUUCUGCCCUCUGGGCCCUGCCUUGGUGACCAAGGACAGUGUAGCAGAUCCACACAACUUAAAGAUCUGCUGCCGAGUGAAUGGGGAAGUGGUCCAGAGCAGCACCACCAACCAGAUGGUAUUCAAGACAGAGGACCUGAUAGCCUGGGUGUCCCAGUUUGUUACCUUUUACCCAGGGGAUGUCAACCUGACUUGGACCCCCCCCCCAGGUGUCGGUGUAUUCAGGAAACCUCCUGUCUUUCUCAAGAAGGGGGAUGAAGUCCAGUGUGAGAUUGAAGAACUAGGUGUCAUCAUCAACAAGGUGGUGUGAUGGCUCCUGCACAGGCCCGACAUAGGAUGAGGGCAUCUGCUCCCACUCAGCCUAGCCCAGGGAAAGGCCCAGUGACAGGUGUGGACAGGUGCCAGCCCUGCAAGCCGCCUCUUCUCGGUAGAAGGGAGAAGGACAGAGCUCUCUUCAAUAAAUUCGUCGGGUCAAAGCAGCA